GGGAAUCUAAGUAUCACUGAAUGCAUAAAACAAAACAGACUGGAAAAAAAACAAACGUAGAAAAUUUUUUAAAAUUACUACAAGAUGAUUUUGUGCCUAUUAAUAAAAUUAUUGAAAAAUCUAUGUUACAAGCUAAACACCGUCAAGUACAAGAAUUACUUUCAUUAGACGAUAUUAAUUUAUUGCAUACUUUUUUACAAACUAAUAGACGUUUAGCAUUUGAACGACUCAAUAAUGUAUUUACAUAUGAUACUUGGCAAGAAUUAGCACAAUUUACUUUGAUAUCCAUUCAAGUAUUUAACAGACGAAGAGUUGAUGAAAUAGAACGUAUGUCUAUUAACGAUUUUACGAAUCGAGAAAAUAUAAACGGAACGAAUCCAGAUUUACUUUUAUCAGAUGAAGCUCGAAAAAUAGCAGAAAAAUAUAUAAGAUUUCGUAUCAGAGGAAAAUUUGGAAAACCUGUAUUUGUUGUUUUGGAUCAUGAGAUAAAAAAUUGUAUAGAUUUACUUCUACAAUAUCGCAAGAAAGCAAAUAUACCCGAGGAAAAUCCAUAUAUCUUUGCUCUACCAGGUUAUAAUAACAAAAAAUUUAAAUUUAUAAAGGCAUGCGACUUUUUAUCUAUAUUACUCACUAGAAUGCAAAGCAGGGAUGCUACUUAUAGAUUACAAGAUGCAAACUUUAGCAAUCAUAUUGCAACAAGAUGCGUUACAUCGAAUCUAUCAGAACAUGAUAUAACACAAUUAGCAAAUUAUUUAGGGAAUGAAGCUAUUAACGAAAUUAUUCUUAUGCAACUUUUUUGUCAUUCUACGAAUAUUCCACGAAUUGAAACAUAG